AAAGAGAGAAGUUAGGCAUUUAAUGACAAAAAGAAUAAUUUAUCGAUCCUUUCUAAAACACGUACGAUGUUCAUCACAAUUCAAUAUGCACAAAAAAACGAUAACCAAAAUAGUUAAUUAUAAUGUCAAAAUGCAUGAUGAGGAGGAUAUGCUAAUUAUCAAGAACAAACAAAGAUUUUGUAUUCCUAAAAAUUUAAAUAUUUCUCAUUGUUGGAAUACUAUUGGACCGAUUGUCGCUCAAGAAAUCGGGGCACCCGACUACAGCCCAAUUCCGAAUUACUUUGACACAAAUGCAUAUAAAAUUGGAUAUAUUUUUGUGCCAACGAGCACACAAAAAAAAUGUUUCCGCUCCGUGCCAGUUUUGAAAAUACUCGGACCAAUCCACGAUUUUGUGGUGAAAAGCGAGACGAACACCAAGUGGCUUGAUAAGAAAUUUCAUAGCGUGCGAACGUCUGGAGAUCAAAUGGACUUUCGGAUAAUUUUCAAGAAUGGAAAAAAUCAGCUGAGUUUUACUGGUCGUGAUUAUUAUUUUCUCAGUAAAGCACACGAUAUGUUGACCCAAAGAAAUGUGACGAUAGAUCGCACAUCUCAUGAAGAUUUAUUAAAUAUUACAUGGAUUGGGCUAAUAACACACGUGGUUGUUACAAGAAUCUCCGAGUUUCGUAUUAUUAAAGAUUUACGUGAAAGAGUGCUAUACAUAGGCGAAAAUGAGCAUACUAUUCUUUUUAAAUACGAAAUAUGCACACUCGACCAGCACGGGGUCGUAAUAAAAUCUGAAACGAAGAAAAUACGCUGUAAAUGGCUGCCAGUAGGAGAUAAAGAAUCAGAGAGUCUUCCAUUAAUCGAAUUCCAAAGUUUAUCCGACAAAACAUGA